AUGCAAAUUAAAAGUGCACUUUUGUUUAUGCUCGUAGUUCGAUCGUGGCAAUCGGAACAAAAUACUUGCGUUUGUGGUCAUUUAAGCAAUUAGGAAUAGUGUGCUAAAUCAACAAUUUGUCAAUGGGAUGGAAAUAUUUGUGUUUUGAAAGAGGCCUAUAUUACCACGUAAAGUUAAUUGGAUCCUUCAAACUGUAAAAUAUAUCCCUAAGAGAAGUGCAGUACGUUAGAAAAAUGUGGAUUUUACUUAAAUAUGUGUACUGAAUUUAAGGAUUGCAGCGUAUUUUAGAAAGAUUAGUGUUCUGAAUCUUCUUAUAGAUGUGUGAGUGAUGGGGAGAAAUGUGUAGAAGUAAAAGAAUGCGAAGACUAUUUGACCAACGUAGCAUGUUAAAAUAAGAACAUUCACGGUAAAUAUUGCAGUUGGGGCAUAUCAAUUAAACCGAAUUGUCAGGAAAUUAAAGAUUGUACCUUUUUGCCUGAAUACUUUAAAUCAGACUAGGAAUGCAGACAAGGUCUUUCAUAUUGUACAGUAAGCAAAAAGUCUUAAGGAUGUCAAGAGAGUGGGGAAAAUUGUGUAGAUCACCAGAAUGAAAAUUAAUGUAUAACUAAUAGAUCUCAAACAGUCAAGUGCUAUUGGGAUACAAUAACUUUAUUAUGCAAAGAACUAAAGUGCGAAAAUAUCACAGGAUAUACAGAUGAGAGUUGUAAGAAGAUAUUGCCUGAAUGUACUACAAACGGGAUAACUUGUACGGAGAGGAAAAAUUGUGAGGAUGCCUAAAAUAUUGAGGGGUGUAUCACAGACAAAAAAAAUAAUAAAUGUGCAUUUUAUAAUAAGGCUUGUAUGAUUAAAACUUGUUCUACUGCCUCGUCAUAAUAUUCAAAUUAUUAUCUUUGUUAAGGAUACGACGAUAAAUUAGACUGUGUAAGUGUUAAAGGAGGAGGUUGUAAGAAGAGACCUGCUGCAUGUGAAGAUUUUGAAUAGCAACUCGAUUGUGAUUUAUAGGAAUCUCUGGGAUGUAUUUGGUAUGGUGAUUAAUGUUUGGUUAGAUAAUGUUCUUAUGCUCCUUAAAAAUACAAUUAAAGUGACUGUAAGACAUUUGGAUAAUGCAUUGGGAAAACUGGAGGUGGCUGUCAAGAUUGGCCAGAAACAUGCGAUUUGAUAUUGUAAUAGGAAUUUUGUGAGUUCGAUAAGGAAGGAAAUUGGUGCAGAUGGACUGACGGUACUUGCUUAUAACUAAUGUGCACUAAUUUUAAAUAUCCAAAAUACGAUUCUCAUACUAAAUGCCAACUCUUAAGUAAGAAAUGUACAUACAGUGUUCAGUUUGGAAGUUGCGUAGAUUAUUUAUGUGAAACAGUUACUGAUGAUAUGCCUUGUCAAAAGGAUUAUAAUAAUAAUAAAUGCAUAAAGAGAUUUGGAUGUACAGAAAAAAAAUGUUCAAAUGCUCCAGUUGCAAUGAAUACAAACACUUAGUGUGAGGGUUGGCUAGCAAAUUGCACAGUUAAUGUAUUGGUGUUUGGUUCAGUCCAGUCCAUCAGAGGAUGCACAAAGAAGAAGGCAUAAUGCAAAGAUUGUUAUGAAUAAUAAUGUGUUACAACUGUUAUUGGCGAAAAAUGUAAAUGGUCUUCAAAUAAAUGUAUUCCUAAAUUAUGUUCCGAUGCAGAGAUUACAAUAAUUACUAACGAAGAUUGCUUAAGAUACAAACCUUAAGGAGCUGCAGUUCCCUGUAUUUUAAAAGUUGCUGGAGCUGGCUGUUAAGAUUGGCCUGUAAUAUGCAGUGCUUUAGGGAAUGAGGUUCAAUGUAAUUACGGAUUGUAUAAUGGCACAAAAUGCUAUUGGAACGGGGCAGCGUGUAAGGACAGAACUUGCAAUAAUGCUAUAGAUACUAUAAACUCGAAUUUUCUAUGCGUUCAAUAUAAUCCUAUAUGCAUAUUAGAUUCAGAUUAACUGGGUUGCAAACUUAGACCUAGUAACUUACAAUGUUCUGAUGCACCUGAUUCCCCACUAUAUGAUUCCCAUGAAAAAUGUUUUGUAUGGAAUAAUAAAUGCACUGUUUAACCAGUCGUAGGUUGCUAUUAGAAAUAAACCUUGUGUUCUAAUUAUUUAAUCAAUUAAUGUAAUUAUACCAUUACAGGAUAAAAAUGUAAAUGGGUGUCUGGUUCAUGUGGACCUUUGAAUUGUGAAUUGAAGGUAGAUACAGUUUCAGUAUACAAUAACUUUUGCGAGACCUAUGAUAUUAAUUGCACCGUAAAAACACCCACUACUUGUAUACCAUUAAAAACAAAUUGUUCUCAAUAUGUUGAAGAAUAAUCUUGUGUUAUCAAUUCAACUUACGAAAAAUGUAAAUGGAUUAUAUCAUCUAAUACGUGUACUGAUUAUACGUGUGAAAUGAAUACAACUGCAACUACUGAAUCCUAGUGUUUCGCUAUGAGAUAAGGGUUUAAAUGCUAAUUAAUAAUGAAUUCUGAUGGAACUUAUGGUCCUGGCUGUGAAACUAGAAAGACUAGUUGCAGUGGGCUAGUGUAGGUAGUUUGCAAUAAAACAGUGCUAUAAGACGGAUCUAGAUGCUAUUAUAAUUCUUCCUCUUGCACAAUCUUAGGUAGUGAAAACUGCAGUGCAAUUCAAACAGUGGGGUAAUAUUAACACCAUAUUUGCUUAUAUUAUGCUUCUUAUUGCAUAGGGGAUAUAUCAGGAUAGUUAAAUAAAUGUUAGCAUAAAUAUUAUUGUGGGUAUUUCAAUAAUGCACUGUGCAAUUAUAUGAUGUCAAAUUAUGACGAAUGUACCAUAGACUAUUACUCGAAUACAUGUCGAGAUAAAAAGUAUUGUUCAAGUUAUCCAUAAAACUAAUGCUCUUACACUUCUUUAAGUGUGAGAUGUGCUUGGUAGUCAACUUACUCUUAUUGUUAUGAAUACGGUUGUUCCACGAUCACAGCAAGUACGGACUCUAGUUGCCAAGCUUCAUCAACUAUGUGUAGAUAUCCUGGUAGCGGGACAUCUUGUUCUCUUGUAUAUUAUUGCUCUGAUGUUUAAUAUAGAGCCUCAACUUGUUCAAGUACUAUAACCUAUUAUAAUGAAAGAUGCUAUUAUGAUGGCACUUAUUGUGUAUCUAGGAUUUGCAGUCAAUUAACUUAUCCCUCCGAUAAUUAAUAGUGCUAUAAAUGGAGGAAGGAUUGUAUUUACUCAAGUAGUUAUACAUAUUGUAUAAGUGGGUCAUGUUCAUAUUUUACUGAUGUCUACUAAUGUUUUAGGAACAACUGUUAUUAUUAAUAUGGCUAUGGUUGCACUUCAUAAAUCAUGUGUAAUUAAAACUCUAGUGCAACCAAGAACUAUGAUUGUGAGCUAAUAAGUCCCAUUUGCAAACUGAAUUAUAGGAAUGGUCAGGGAUGUGAAUAUAGAUCUUGUAAGGAUAUUACAAGUUCAUCAGUUUGUAAUAGCUCUCGUAAUUUUCAUUGGGUGUAUUGUUAAUAUACUUCAGGUUGUGUGCAUAUGACUUGUGAUUAAAUUACAUUAUAAUCCAAAUGUCAACUUGCCUAUGGCUAUUAUAACACAGCAGAAACAUACGUGGCUAAAUGUUACUGGUGUGAUAGUCUUUGUUCCUACUCUAAUACAUGUGCAUUAGGCUCGACACAACUCCCAGUAUCACACGAUGAGUGUCAAUAUUUGAAUCCCACAAAAACCAUCGCUUCAGAUACCUUUAAAUGCACUUUAAAACUUAAUAAUUGCAGUGAUUAUCACUAUUACAGACAAUGUGAAUACACAGUUACUGGGUAGAAGUGUUUUUGGGAUAGAAAUCAAUCCCCUUCUUGUUUUGAUUAUUGUCUUACGAAGGUUCAAGCAGGUUUAACUCAUGCUCAAUGUUAAGCAUAUCAUCCUCAAUGUGUGGCUAAUGCAGCUUCAAAUAAAUGUAUAAACUUAGUCUGCUCAAGUUUUUCAACUAGUUUGAGUUGCAAUAAUUUAACAACUUUGUGUAUGUGGGAGCCAAUCGAUUCUGUCUGUGUUAAAUAUGAGACCUAUUUAUAUUGUCAUAGAUUUGGUAUAGAGGCGGAUUGCAACUCUGGUAAAAAUACUAGUAAUAAUGGAUGUCUAUGGAAUUCAACAAGUUCAAAGUGCGAGGAUAGAACAUGUUCUAAUUAUGUUGGUGUUCCUACCAGUUUAGAAGACUGUGAUAAUUGGCUAAAGAAUUGUCAAUUUGAUUCCACUAAUAAUGUGUGUGUGGCUGAUUGUUCAAGUGCCCCAAAAUCAAAAUAGUAUGAUACUUUAGAAGAAUGUGAAUAAUAUUAUUAAGAUAAAAUAUGCACAAUUGUUCCAGGGGUCAAGAAAUGCCAAUCCUUAUUCGAUGAUUGUUCUUCCUAUUUGAUUGAUUCAAUGUGUUAAAUUGAUAGUGCAUAUAACCCUUGUUUUUGGAGCAUCCCAUUGACGAAAUGCUUUUCUUUAAAUAGUUGUCUUAUAUUAGAGACAAUCAAUGAUACGCAUUUAAAAUGUAAUACUCUAUGGAAAAAUUGUACUGUGAAUACUUCUUUAGCUGGAUGCAUCGAAUUGGAUGAUUGUGCUAAUUAUACAAUAGAAGAUCAGUGUGUUAUCGACAAAAAUAACAUUGAUUGCUAAUGGUUUCAAAGUAAAUGCUAUAUUAAAAGUUGUUCAACUGCUCCUCUAGUUCUAUACACACCCACCGAUUGCCAAGCAUAUUUUCCAUAGUCGAUAUGUACAAGCAAUAAUGAUUCGGAUGCAUGUUUUGAAGGUCACAAUGUUUGCAAGAAAUAUCCAAUGUAGGCUUGUAGUUUACCAGGAUAAAUGAAUACUUCAGGAGUUCCAUGCUUUUGGGAUUCAAAUUAAUCAAGAUGCAGAGAAAAAGUAUGUAGUAAUGCUCCAUCCAAGUUCGAAACCACCGCAUAAUGUGAAGGCUUCCUUUCGAAUAAACAAUGCUAAGUUAUUGGAUGUAAGUAAGUUGAAUGUGAGGAUUUUCCUUUUAGAAAUGAUGAAACUUGUAGAAUUGCAAUGGAGAAUUUCAGGUGUACUACUAAUGGAUACGAGUGCAUCGAAAGAACCAAUUGUGAAGAUGCAACAUUAGAAGAUGCUUGUACUUUCGAUUAUUAAAUGAAUGAAUGCCAAUGGACUGAUUAUCCUGUGUAUUAAUGUGUGUAAAAAACAUGUGCUACUGCUCCUGUUGAAUUGAAAACUCAUAUUGAAUGUCAAAAUUAUCUCAAGGGAUGCACUAACAAAAUUGAAGGGGGAUGCACUAAUCUGAAAACUUGUCCAGAAAUCAUUACUUAAGAUGGUUGCAAAAUUGAUAUUAACAAUGAAGAGUGCUUAUGGGAUUCCUUUUAUGAAAAAUGCUUCCCCAACCAUUGUUAGGGAUUUUGUGGGGAUGGCAUGAUUUAACUGCCUCUAGAAGAAUGCGAUGAUGGUAAUUUUUUACCUUAUGAUGGAUGCUAUGAUUGUAAAAUCCAAUGUCCUCUCGGAUGCAAUGAUUGCAAUGGUAAGAUUUGCCAAAAAUGUAAUGAAAUUAAAGGUUACUAUUAUAACUCAGCCACAUAAUAGUGUUAAACUAAAUGUGGAGAUAAGAUAGUUAAUGGAUAAGAGUAUUGUGAUGAUGGAAAUGAUAUUGAGUAUGAUGGUUGUUAUGAAUGCUAGUAUUCUUGUGAUAUCUAUUGUGUUAACUGUUAUCAAGGAGAAUGUAUUGAAUGUCCGAAAGGGUUCAAUCAAAAUGGACCAUAUUGUUUAAGCAAAUGUGGGGAUGGAAUCCAAAAUCCCAUUUUUGAGGAAUGCGAUGAUGGUAAUAUUAGACCUAAUGAUGGAUGUGAUUCGAAUUGUUUCGUAGAAUCAAAUUGGAAAUGCAAAGUAGUAUCAUCUCUAAGUGAAUGUUACUAUCUGGUUUAUCCUAAAAUCGUUCUUACUUUAAUGACAAAAUAAACAGAGUAAAAUCAGGAUGUCAAAGUGAGUUUUUCUGAAAAAGUCAAACUAAAUAGCACUUCAAUUACUCCUGAUGACUUUCUAAGUUAAAUCCAAAUUCUUAUCACAAACAAAGACUCUGUUGAUUUUUCUUUUAAUAUAGUACCCAUUAAACCAAUCUCCUAUGAAUUAGAUGAUGCCUCCUAUAGAAUUACACUAACUAUUAAAGAAUAGAUUUUGAAGCCAAAUCUAAGAGUUAUAAUAAAAUCAAUAUAUCUAGUAAAUCAAUUUGAUAAUACGUUAUUUAUAGAACAAGAUGAUAUAAUAUUGAAUGACUCAUUUGUAGUAUCUGAAGACUCAAAAUCUGUAGCAGCUAAUGCAGCUUUUUUGAGCUAACUUAUUAUUUACUCAGUUUUAGCAUUGGCAAUAGUUUCCUUUCUUAGUGGAAACUUAGAAAUAUUAUUCAAUUUAAUCGAUGUUUUAUAAUAAUUAUCAUACAUUAGAUACAUAAAUAUUAACUUUCCAUACCAUUUAGAUUUAUAUUUUGAUGUAUUCAACUUUGUUACAUUGCAACCUCUGCUUGAAUAUGUUUAAUUUAAUUCUUUUGUUGAGGGUUCCUUAAAUUUGGAAACUCCAGAAAUAUUUCCUUCAGGCAAAUUCAAUUUGUUUGGAGUGAAUGCAUAUUUUGGAGUUAAUUUUUAAAGUUUCUUAAUUUGCAUGACUGUGGGUUUUGCUAAUUACUUCCUUUCCAUAAUUAUAACUUAUAUUUUAAAAAAACCAACUGUGGGUUGGGGUGAUACUCCAAGCAAAAUUUCGAGAUACUUUUAUCUUCUAAUCAUGAAGGCCUAUCAGUUACUAUUUACUACUGCCUUUUCUUACAUGCAAUACUUUUUCUUUUCAGGAAUAAUUAGAAUUUUCUUAUCAAACUAUUAUGAUUUAACAUUUUCAGCAUUGCUGUAAGUUAUGAAUUUCAACACCUAAUCAACUUUACUAAAGUGGAGUUCCCUUUUAGCAGCUGUAACCUUGUUGAUAAAUGCCUCUUUGAUCUUGAUAUUUUAUGCCUCAUUGUCAAAGAAAAAUGUAUUCUAGAAGAGUCUAUAUGUAUUAGUUGAUGGAUUAAAUAUUGGAAGGAAUAAAUGGAACAAACAAUUUAACACAGUAACUUUAGUAAAAAAAUUGUGUUUUAUUUACACACUAGUCUUACUUCAAGAUAGUCCAAUAUUUUAGACUUUAUUGAUUUCCUUCAUUUCUUCAAUUUUUGCUAUUUAUGUUUUACUAUUAUAACCUUUCGAGCAUCAAUUUGAAAACUAUAAAAUUAUUGUGACUGAAUUUUGUGUCAGUUUCAAUACUUGUUCAUUUUUAGUUUAUUGCUCCAAAGAAAUAUUCUAUAAUAGUGAAAUGUCAGACAUGCUUGGAUGGUUAAAUAUUUUUAUCUUUAGUUUUAUCUUAACAUUUAGUUUAGCAUUGGAUUCCUAUUCUUAGAUUUUAUAGCUAAAAAGAAUAUUUGACAAGAUGUUAUAACCUAAAGUCAAAAGUAGUAACUAAAUUAAAAUUUAGUCAACAAAAUUGUUCACUGUUGUGGGAGAUAACGAAGUAAAUUUUUGA